GCAGUGAUAAGUGGUGACGGCUUCUUGCUUGAUCGAUCAGCGGGCGGAAUACGUGGUCGUUCACUUCGUGUCUGCAAUGUGGUUGAUUCUGAAAUGGAGCUUUUGGCUGCCAGUGCAUACAGGGAUCGUGUCCGGAUGGCUACAAAAUUACUUCGUGAUGACGUGAUCAAUCAGUUCGCCGAUCGAGCGGAAAAGGUGGUCAACAAGUUGGAGCACGAGGCAGCAGAAGGAGCGAAUGCUGGGGAUCGAGACUUCAAGGAAGACGUGGAUGACUUCAUCGAAGCGAGUGAACUGAUGUCUGAUACGGAAAACGAACAGAAGAUCAUGCGUCACUUGCCGGAAGAGGAAAAACGCAAAAUUCAGGAGCAAAUUGACGUUUUCAAGGGUGUAAUUACUUCUUCUGCUCUUCUUCUCUCGUCUGCUGGUUGUUUUGUGAUCUGUGGCACAGUUCGGUAA